UACCCGUCUCGCGACUCGCACCCAAGCCUCCCGCAUCCGUUUCCCCUCGCCCCUGCAUCGCGAAGCCGUUUCGUCGUCGUCGUCGUCGUCGGGUGGUGAGAUGGCGGGCCGUGGCAAGGCGAUCGGCGCGGGCGCGGCGAAGAAGGCGACGUCCAGGAGCUCCAAGGCCGGGCUCCAGUUCCCCGUCGGCAGGAUCGCCAGGUUCCUCAAGGCCGGCAAGUACGCCGAGAGGGUCGGCGCCGGCGCCCCCGUCUACCUCGCCGCCGUCCUCGAGUACCUCGCCGCUGAGGUCCUGGAGCUUGCAGGGAACGCUGCUCGCGACAACAAGAAGACCCGAAUCGUGCCUCGCCACAUCCAGCUGGCGGUCCGUAACGACGAGGAGCUGACGAAGCUACUCGGCGGUGCCACCAUCGCGAGCGGUGGUGUGAUGCCCAACAUCCACCAGCACUUGCUCCCCAAGAAGGCCGGCUCGUCCAAGGCCUCCAGCCACGACGACGACGACAACUGAGUCGGCCUGCUCCCAGCCGGGAUCCGACCGCCUAUGGUUGCUGAUUUCGUAGGAGUAGCAGUUUGGUGUCUUGGUGAUACCUGGGGAGGCCUCGAUGUGGUUGGCAGGGGAAGUAGGCGAUGAUUUCGAUAGGUUCUUGGGUUGGUUUGUUAGGUUCUUUGAAUGGGAUGUGAAUACGGCUAAGUUUUUGGGUUGUGAAACUCAGGGAUGUAAGCCAGAUAAUGAUGUUUUAAUCGUUGAAGAAGAAAUGGGAAGAAGUUGAAACUUUUGAGCACGUUUGAUGUUUA